ACAUGGAAUCCAGAAACCAUUCCAGAGCCAAUGAAUUCAUCCUGACUGGGAUCUCAGAGCAGCCAGAGCUCCAGCUGCCCCUCUUCCUCCUCUUCCUGGGAAUCUACGUGUUCACAGUGGUGGGGAACCUGGGCAUGAUCAUCCUGAUCGGGCUCAGUCCUCACCUGCAUACCCCCAUGUACUACCUCCUCAGCAGUCUGUCCUUCAUUGACCUCUGCCAUUCCACUGUCAUCACCCCCAGAAUGCUGAUCAGCUUUGUGACAAAGAAGAACAUCAUCUCCUACCCCGAGUGCAUGACACAACUCUACUUCUUCUUGGUUUUUGCUAUCUCAGAGUGUCACAUGUUGGCUGCAAUGGCCUAUGACCGCUAUGUUGCCAUCUGUAGCCCCUUGCUUUACAGUGUCACCAUGUGUCAGCAGGCUUGCAUUUCUCUGAUUUCAGCAGUGUAUGCAAUAGGUGUGGUUUGUGCAUCAGUUCACACAGGCUGCCUGGUUAGGGUUUAUUUCUGCAAGCUGAAUGUGAUCAACCACUAUUUCUGUGAUCUUAUUUCUAUCCUAAAGCUCUCUUGUUCCAGUAUUUACAUCAAUGAGUUAUUGAUACUAGUCUUUAGUGGAAUUAAUAUCCUUGUCCCCAGUCUGACCAUUCUCAGUUCCUACAUCUUCAUCAUAGCCUGCAUCCUCCGCAUUCGCUCCACUGCGGGCAGGUCCAAAGCCUUCAGCACCUGCAGCUCCCACCUCUCAGCCAUUGCUGUGUUCUUCGGUUCUGCUGCAUUUAUGUAUCUGAAUCCAUCAUCAGUCAGUUCCAUGGACCAGGGGAAAGUGUCCUCAGUGUUUUAUACUAUUGUUGUCCCCAUGCUGAACCCCCUUAUCUAUAGCCUGAGGAAUAAAGAUGUCAAUGUUGCUCUGAAGAAGAUGUUAGAGAGAAGAAUAUUCCUGUGA